CAGAAACAUUACUUCCACCAAUCACAACUCAGCCCCAUUGACCUUUCUCUCUCUUUCUUUUUCUCACUCUUCAACUCAACUCCCUGUUUCAUAGAUCGCUGUCUUUCAAAUCACUACAAACAGCAUAAUCCAUUUUUGUUCUGUUCCACUCACCUACACUUCACUGCUUCUUUCACAACCACCACUUGUGCUUAUGUUUAUUUUCACCUCAAACUUUACAACUUCAUUGUUUUUCUUCUAUUAAGAUUCCACAGCUCAUAUUUAUGAAAAUUUACAUCUUUUAUGCAUUUUUGAACUGGCCCAGUUACUAAAUUUAUCUCCAAAACCUUUCAGGUUUAUGGAUUAAGGUUUAUCUUCUAAAUUUUCAUGUGAGUUUUGUAAAAAAAUUACUUUUUUAUAUUUUCUUUCUUUUGGUGAUUAUUUUUUAUUCUCUUUUAGAUCUGAUUAGUUUUUAUAAAAGUUCAUACUUUGCACACCAUCUGUUAAAAAAUUAUGGAAUUUUUCCUUGGAUUUUGGAAAUAAGAGCUUUUCUAGAUUCCUUAGUUAAUUGGGUAGCUGAAAUAAGCAGCAGAUUCUGCCCAAAUGCUGUUUGAUAAUAUGCUUCUUUGGUCAUAACAAGUUCAACUUUUGUGGCUUCUUUCUUUCUCUUUGAAGUUUUCUAUUAGAGAGAAAAGAGUUAGAUUAUUAUAUGAUGUUAUCUAGAACAAUGAAUAGAGGAAUUGAAGUUCUAUCACCAGCUUCAUAUAUCCAAAAUUCCAAUUGGUUGUUUGAAGAAAACAAGGGUUCUAAGUGGACUCAAGAAGAGAAUAAGCUGUUUGAGAAUGCUUUAGCUUAUUAUGAUAAGGAUACUCCUGAUAGAUGGAUAAGGGUAGCAGAGAUGAUUCCUGGAAAAACUGUAGGUGAUGUGAUUAAGCAGUAUAGGGAGCUUGAAGAAGAUGUUUGUGUUAUUGAAGCCGGUUUGAUACCGGUUCCUGGUUAUACAACUAGUUCUUUCACAUUGGAUUGGGAUAACAAUCAAGGCUUUGAUGAUUUCAAGCAAUUUUGUAGUGUUGGUGAGAAAAGGGGUGGUUCGACUCGGUCGUCUGAGCCGGAAAGGAAGAAAGGUGUGCCAUGGACCGAAGAGGAGCAUAGGCAAUUUCUGUUGGGUCUGAAGAAGUAUGGUAAGGGAGACUGGAGAAAUAUCUCUAGGAAUUUUGUGACCACAAGGACACCAACUCAAGUCGCAAGUCAUGCUCAAAAGUAUUUCAUAAGGCAAGUUUCAGGAGGGAAGGAUAAGAGAAGAUCCAGUAUCCAUGACAUCACAGUGGUUAAUCUACAAGAAACUAAAUCUCCUUCAUCAGACAGUAACAAUCCUUCUUCUCCAGACCAUUUGGUGAAUACCGCGAACCAACCACGGAAUCAUAAUUUGUCCGGCAUGGUUAAGCAGGAAUAUGACUUGAAAAUACCAGAUGAGGAGGGUAUGCCAUUUGUUUUCAAUUCAACUAAAGGAAACAUGUAUGUGGCACCAUUGUGUGGGAUUUCUUCACAAGAAUCGAAAUCACCGGGUCAAAAUAUACUCCGAGGCACUCACCAUGGAUUUCAGUUUUCACCUUUUGAUACUAUUUUCCAAAUGCAAUCUAUGCAGCAUCAAUGAAUUAUGCACAUGAUGUAGGGUUUAGAGUUUUUAAGGUACUAAAAUUCUAAACCUUUUUCGGUGAUGAUGAGUUGCUUCAUAGAUUGUUUAUGUAUGUUGAGAAGGACUUAAGUUAGUCCUUAGUAAUUAGAAUCUAUGAAGAGAUUAGUUCAUGUUGUUUCUGAUAUUAAAAUUCUAGCUCUAGUUUGGACAUGUGUGUGUGUGAUAUGAUUUUCUGAUUACAUGUUUUGGGAAUUUGAUUGUACUUAGCAGAUUUGAGUGAGCAUCUUGCUACAUAGACUGAAGUUUUAUGUAGUUAUCUCUCAAGUUUUUAUGAGAUUGUUCAAAUAAAUAUGUAGUUCCAAAUUCUCUCAAGGAAUUAUGUAAAGGCAUCAAUCAUGUGUUGAUGUGCUAGAACUAAUGGUGCGAUUUGUAUAAAAAAAUAAAUAUAUUUUGGGUGCUUAUUUUUAUGGCAAA